AGAGUAUUACUACAAUGUGUUCCUUUGUGAAUUUUAUCGAGGGAAUCUCCUGCAGAAUUUUCAUGUCGUUUGAAAUCUGAACCUCUAUCGUUUUUCGAUAACCGACCUUCUGAUUAUCAAUUUUUAGAGGAACAUUUGUUUGCUUAGUGGAAGAACUCUGACAAGCAGUUGAAUUUAAAUCAGAAUCUUCUUGAAUUUUUUUGAAAAUAGAAAAUGUAAGAUCAUUCACAGCAGAAGAUUCUUUUGGAAUAUUUUGGGAUGAAACCUCCAGUGAUGACGAAUUUUUGAAUCUGAUUUUAGUGGACCACAGUAGAAAUUGUGAAUACGUUAAAAAAAGUAAAAUAUAAAGUGCCUCAGUAUUUUCCAUCUUAAUCCAAUGAAUACUAGCUAUAAGAAUUAAAAACUCGCUGUGCUUUAGAUAUUGCUUCUUUGCUGAAAAGAUGAAUCCAGGUGGAGAUUUUCAAAUUUUAAAUGCCUUGAAUACUAAAUCAGACUUAUUUUUGGUAAAACACUUGGCUACUGAAGAGUUAUUUGUUUGGAGAACUAUUCUUCUGAAAAAUCUAUCCAAAGAUAAAAAAGAACAUAUGUGUAAAAAAAUUCGAAAAAGAAUACAACAAAAGCAUGUAUUAUUGGUUACAUUUUAUCCUGCUAUUGAAGAAGACAAAUUGAAACUGGUUUAUGUCCCAAUGGAGUAUUUUCCUCAUGGUAAUUUUUUAGAUUUUAUUAAGAUAUUAGCAAUGUCAAAAACUACACACAUAAAUGAAGAAAUAAUCAUUAAAAUUUUAUUUCAACUAUUGAUGCUGGUCAAAUCUAUUGAGUUGAAUGAUUAUAUCAAGUUGGAAAAUAUUUACUUCGAUGAAAAUUUCAAUAUUAAAUUAUUGAACUUUAGUCAUUGCAGUACUGCAACAAACUCAGAUGUGAAAAUGAGUGAUAUUGGUAUUUUAAUGAUGCAGUUAUGUACAUUAACUGUUGACAAAUUGUGCAAUAAGUAUACAGUGAACAAGGAGUACUAUAGUGAUGAUUUUAUUGAUUUAACUGAAGUUAUGCUCAAAGAUAACAAACAUGUUACUUGUAAUAUUGAUAAGGUAAUUGGUCACCCUGUCAUUGUCUUAAAUACAUUCAAACUCCACUGUGGAAUUGAACUACAUGAUUGCUUUGAAAUACUGGACUAUAGGAAAAAAGUGGAGCAAUUACGUAGAAAAGAAUCGGCACUAAAAAUGAGGGAAAAUGAAAUAAAACGGAAAGAAUGUGGAUUAAAUGUGAGGGAGAAAAAAUUGAUCAUGAAUGAAAAAACUAUUAAAGAUAAGUUGACUCAAGCUGAACUUUAUUUAAGGAGAUGUAAAGACAAAAAAAUACCUCAUCCCAAUAAGUAUGAGAACGUUGAUAUGUCACUUGCUGUUGAGUAUGAAGAAAUAGAAGACAUAGACAAUAUCGAAACAAGUAAAAAAUUGGACUUCUCUAAACUCAAACAACAGCCUAUUGCUAGAACAUUAUCAGAAAGAAAAGUUAAAUUCAAGGGACACAGUCCUCUGAAAAAAACCAGUUUCCAUAAAAGUAAAACCAAUAAAAAACCAAAAGAGAAGGAAAAACUCCAACUACCCGAACAAUCAAGCGAGAUGAGCUCAACUUUGAAAAAAAGAACAAUCGAAAAUAAUCAACUCAAAGAAAUCUCAAACGUGGAUAAAACAAAAAUUUAUGCAAAAUGUGUAACUGUAACUGGAGAAAAUAAUAUACCGAAUUUACAAUGCCGACCAAUUGCUUGGACAGAACAAAAUAAGAAACAAGCAUUCGAAUUGCUUAGAAUCAUGAACUCAACUUCUGAUGAGAACUUCUGGAACAGUGACGUUAGGCAUACAUUUUUGUAAAUAUUUUAAUCGAUAAGAAUCAAGUUCCUAGCUUUUUAAAUUCUCAAGUAUUAUAAAUAAAUUAAGUUUAUCGCAUUCAAGGAUAGUAACAUAUCAAAAUCUGUGCUUUCUAUAUGUUACUUAAUUUCUAUUUAUUUUCAUUCCUAUUCUGACAAAAAACAAAAUUGGAAAAGAAUUUCUUGGAAUUUGAGUAUUCAUGUUAUAACUUCAUAAUAUUAUUUAUUGUAUAUAAAUCUAUUAUAUUUUUUGAAAAUUGCAAAUACAAAAAAGAAAAUUAGUUUGCAAACAUUUAAAAAAAGAAUAGUUAUUUUUAUUCAUUGAAUAUUCAAGUUACAAAUAUUUAUAUGAUUGAUGUUACCCUUUCAACCGUACUUUUAAAAUGUGUAGUAUUUAUUUUAGAUGUACUUGAUAUUUGAUGCAAUAUUUUUGUGAUAUAUUAUCAUUACUUGAGAUAUUCAAGAGAAAAUUUUUAAAUGUACAAGGUU